GGCUGCAAAGGGAGGGUCUUUUCUUUUCUACGCUUGUAAUCGAACCCUCUCGAUUAGUCAAGGACCCUGCACUUUGGGCUUUUGUGUGCAGUAUUUUUUUCCCACUGUUACUGGUUUUGGUUUAUUGUUUGCCUGGGCAUUUUGUCGCUUGCUUGUUUGCUUCCUUACUGGUUGGACGGGGGAGGGGGCGUUUCGGGUCCUUUCCCCUCCCCCACGCACCGGCUAGCGUCCUUUACCUCCUUGCGGACUGCAGUCUUCAGUUGCUCCUAAAGGAAACCAAGCGGGUUGGUUGUCGAACUGAAGGACAGGAUGGAGCAUACUGAGGUUCUGAAGCCACGGAUCUUGGAAGAGCUGAUCCGUAUCUUGCACGAAAUCUUCUCCGGGGACAGCAUCAAAGUGGAAGAGGUGCAGUCCAUCAUGGAAGCUUACGAGAGCAACCCCACGGAGUGGGCAGCGUACGCGAAAUUCGACCAGUACAGGUACACCCGAAAUCUUGUGGAUCAAGGAAAUGGAAAAUUUAACCUGAUGAUUCUGUGUUGGGGUGAAGGACAUGGCAGCAGUAUCCAUGAUCAUACAGACUCCCACUGUUUUCUGAAAAUGCUUCAAGGAAAUCUCAAGGAGACCCUCUUUGCAUGGCCAGACAAGAAGUCCAAUGAGAUGGUGAAGAAAUCCGAAAGAAUUUUGAGGGAAAACCAGUGUGCCUAUAUCAAUGAUUCUAUUGGUCUACAUCGGGUGGAGAACAUAAGUCAUACAGAACCUGCUGUUAGCCUUCAUUUGUAUAGUCCACCCUUUGACACUUGCCAUGCCUUUGACCAAAGAACAGGACAUAAGAAUAAAGUCACGAUGACAUUUUAUAGCAAAUUUGGAGCAAGGACUCCAUUUGCAACUUCAAGUUCCUUGGAGAACAACUAAAGAGAUCCAGUUAUUAGAGUAUUUUUCCUUUUUUUUUUUUCUUUUAAAAGUACACUGAAAUCUUAAUUGUGGACAAAGAACCACCAAUCACUUAUUGUCCAAUAGUACCUUUGAAUAAGAUGCUUAGAGAUAUUUUAGGGCAGGCUUCUGGCUGCUUGUAGUUAUCUUGAAUGAAUGCUAAUGACAGGAGACUCUAAGUAAACAAUGCCAGACUAUACUGGAGAGGAGAAAUCCUAUUGCUAUGGUCUUUAUAGUUGGAAGACUUAAUCAGUUGCUCUCUUAGGCAUGUCUCUUAUUUUCAUGGUUCCUAAUUAGGAAAGGCAGUGAAGUCUUGACAACAGUUUUUGUCCAUCAUAAUUAGCAGUGAUUAGCAAUAAAACCAAGCCUAAGACCUCAUAACCCUACCUUUAUUAUCUUGAGAAUUAAGUAUACAGAUUUUCAUCACGUAUUAUGCUCUCUAGAAUGUUUUCAAGAUAAUUGUUUUUUGAAUGUAGAUUUUGCUGGUUUUUCAUCUUCACAAAUUCCUUUUCUGUGCAUAGAUCACUGUACAGAGAGAUGAAGUUCACAGCAAAAAGAAAUCACAAGCAUGUUUUAAUGUGACCAAAUGCCUAUGUAAAAUACUUUUUGUAUUGCUACCAAAAUUGUCAUGUUAACUUGAAUAAAACUGAAUUUGAACAUAAAAAAAAAGAUAA